AUGGACAGCAUGAAGGAGAGUGAAAACGGAGCUGGUACUACAUCUACGCGUGUUUUUACACGUCAUACCCUCUUGCAACUCUCACAGAGUCCUCUCGUCCACGUACCCCCGGGUAUGGCGGCGAUGGACGAGUGGUACGGACCAUGGCGCCCAUACACGCCUAAACCAUUUACAGGUGUGAUGAACCAACGCGAUGGACGACCCGAUCAUGGCGAUGGCAGCGGUGGUGCAUAUGGCCGCCGUGAAUUUGGACGAUCACGUCGUGGUGGCCUCGAUGAAGACACAGGACGCCGUGUGCAGGGCGGUAAAAGCCUAGCUGCGACAGCUGCGCCGGCGAUUAUGGGCGCCUCGAUGCGCCCCCGAGCUCGACAAGAUCACAAGACCGAGGCGGAAGAGUCGAUGGUAUGGCGUCGCUCUGCAGGUGCUGCAGUGGGACGUACAGGAGACGCAGGUCAUGUUCCUGCGUGGAUGUCGGACGAGCCGACGACGCGGCGUCCUGCGGCGAGUGGCGUGGAGGCCAUUGAGGCGUUCAAGGCCCAGAUGCGUGAGAUGGAGCGACGUAAGCAGGGUGGCAGUCGGGGCCAGGAGCCCGACACGGACCGCCUGAAGCGAGAUAUGCACCAAGACCUAGCCCAGGAUGAGCCAGAUACAGAGCGAUCUAGCCGCUUUGCGCGUUUCUUCGAUGUAAAGGGCGAGUCGAAAACGACCGACUCGGGCACGGCGUCGCCCUCCGUGAGCUCUCUGGACCUCUUUGGCAUGCUCCAAAGCGUGCAAAAACGGGACCCCACGGCGGAGAAGGGCCCAGCGCCUCGUGUGGCGGACACUCUCUUGCCCUCUCCCCCUGCAGCCACCCCGCUCGCAGCCAGUGUGUCCGCUGCACCGCCCUCUGCGCCGAGGACCGCGACUCCUACCACCCCGCUGACACCCGCGUCGAGUCGAGCACCGCUGCCGCCAGCGAACACGACGUCUUCCACUUCGACCUUGGCAGGCACAACACCUGCGCCCAGCCAGCCCCCGAGCACGGCCGGUCCUACAGGUUCGUCGGGCAUGGCAUCUACGCCUGCAUCGUCAGGCACGCCUAGCAUGAGUAUGGGCUCGGCGUCGUCUGGUCAUCCUGGCCCUAUUGAUGGCCUGCCUAAGCCCAGUGCCGCCGAUAUGGCCUCGAUGCAGAUGCUCAUGGCCAAGCUGAUGGGCAGCACACGCUCCCCGGCUACGACACCGUCAGGGACUGUACCUGUUCGCCCGCCCCCGGGCCUCGCGCCGUCCACGUCAAGCCUGCCGGGGACGCCGUCGGCCACCUCGGCGACGUCGCCUCCACCGGGCUUAGCACCCAGUGGUCCCUCCACGCCAGGGGGGUGGGUGCCGCCGCCUCCACCGCCUCCCCAAAUGACGUCGCUGGGAUUCUUGCAAUCGCUCAUGGCUUCCUCCGGCGGCACAGGGGGUCGUCCACCCGCCUCGGCGCCGGGCUACAGUGGGGGACCGCCGCCACCACCGCCCGGCAUGUUUAUGCAGCCGCCGCCUGGUGUCCCCCCGCCGCCUCAUGCACACCCCCAUCACCCUCCACCCCCGUCGUGGCCAGGUACGUACGCCAUCGAUCCACGCCAUGCAUCGCAUGCUUUGCCCCCAGGCGUACCUCCCCCGCCCAUGCCGCCUGCGGGCGCGGGCGCGGGUGCAGGGACAGGCGCGCGACCGUCCCCGCCUGGUCUGCCGGACAUCUCUACCACUUCAGCAGCGCAGAGUCCCGCGGGUCCUUGGCACCCUCCUCCGCCUGCAUAG